GCAGCUUACAUGGUCUAAAAUAGAUGGCUGCUGCAUUGUCCCAUCUAAUCUGAAUAUUUCAGCAACCAUGUGUUCAGUUCAGCAUCUCAGAGAGUUUAUCAGAGAGAGACUAACUGCUGCUGCGGAGGAAAUCUUCACAGAGGUUGAAAAAACCAUCAUUAGCUACGAGGAAGAGCUCGAUGCUCAGCGCAGGAUGAUGGGGAUCAGCUGGAAACCAGACAUUAAGCUACACAGAGUCGGUUCGGAGCUGCAGAGACAAAGUUCUGACCUCCAACAGCCAAGUGUCUCCAAUGAGGAUGAAAUUUCUGCCAACCUACAAGCCUUUAGCCUGGCAAGAAGGUCCAUUCAGGACCAGAAAGAACAUCAGUGGACUGGAGAGGAACAGAUUAAACCAGAACCAAAAUGGAUUAAAGAAGAAGAGGAGGAACCAGAACCUACAUUCUUCAAACACGAGGAAAUGGAAUAUCCGCUGUUAUAUGUAAAAAAAGAAGAGCUAGAUUUUUCAGUGCUUCAACAUGAACAGCAGCCACUAGAACAUUUCCCAACUGGACAGGACCAGAAGAACCUCUGCAGCCGUCAGGAGGGAGAGCAGCAAACUGUGCAGAAACAGUUUGGUGAUUUGAUUGAGACUUCUACUGUUCAGGAAGAUGAAACGAAUGAAGAAGAGAAAAGUACAGAGCAUCUUUCUCUUUAUGUCUCUCCAGUGGUUGAGAGCAAAGAUCAGGAAGGAAGCAGCUGCUCUGUGUCAGAGAGUCAGUCUCGUACCGGCACAAAAAAAAAAUCUUUCAAAUGUGACAUUUGUGGGAGAUGUUACUCACAACAAUAUGACUUGAAAUACCAUUACAGAACUCAUACUGGCGAGAGACUUUUUCAUGUGAAACAUGUGGAAAAAGGUUCUCUCUAAUAAGAGAUUUAAAUCGUCACAAGAGAAUUCAUACAGGUGAGAAACCUUUUGCAUGU